UUGGGUCUCGGCUUGACUCGUCCCCUCUCCAGGUCGUUUUAUUUUCUGUGAUCUCCGCUCAGGUGUGCCAUACAUUCAGCAGGGGAAGAAGGAGGCUUUUCAGAAUGUCUAUAGGGCUGGAAUUGAUAGGCAUUUCCCUGUGCAUUUUGGGAUGGAUUAUUGCCAUUGUGGCGUGUGCCCUUCCUAUGUGGAGGGUGACGGCCUUCAUUGGCAGCAACAUUGUGACAGCUCAGAUCAUCUGGGAGGGCCUGUGGAUGACCUGCGUGGUCCAGAGCACGGGACAGAUGCAGUGUAAGGUCUAUGACUCCAUGCUCGCCCUCUCCCAGGACCUCCAAGCAGCUCGCGCCCUCACCGUCAUCUCCAUCCUGCUAGCCAUCCUAGCCGUGCUUAUUGCCAUCGCCGGGGCCAAGUGUACCAACUGCAUCGACGACGAGGCGUCCAAGGCAAAGGUGAUGAUCAUCUCUGGAGUCUUCUUCAUUGUAUCUGGUGUGAUGCAGCUCAUUCCAGUCUCCUGGUCUGCUAACACCAUAAUCAGGGACUUCUACAACCCCUUACUUACAGACGCUCAGCGGAGGGAGCUCGGGGCUGCUCUGUAUAUCGGCUGGGCAGCGGCUGCCCUCCUGGUCCUUGGUGGUGGACUGCUCUGCUGCUCCUGUCCACCACGCGAAACCAGAUACAACGCUUCACGAAUGGCUUAUUCUGCCCCACGGUCUGCGGGUGGCCCAGGGUUAGAGAGGAAAGACUACGUAUGA